AUGACACUUGGGCGCGUGUUUUGUAUUUACCAUUUAGAAUUUGUAAUUCAUCGAAAAUGUCUGACAAUUAGUCAAUAGAAAUUAAGCAUUUUUUUUUAAAUUUAAUUAUUAAUAUUAAAUAAACCAUUUGUUAAUAAUAAUAUUAAAAAUAUUGGGCAAUUUAUUUUGAUUUAUUUUAAGGCUCCAGUGGAUAAAAAUUUCCAACAAAAAAAAAGAGAGAGGGAUGCGCAGUUUGGAUUUGCGCAGUUUCUAUCUCUCUUGACGGUUUUAAAAAUAUAUAUAUUUUUUUUAACGGUUAAUAAGUAGCAAAAAAAAAGUCACUUAAUAAUAUAUAUUUGAAAAAAAAAUAAUUAGAAAGUUUUUCUUUUGAAGAUCAUGGAUGAUGAUAUACUUCAAAAAGCCAAAGACUUGCUGAUAGAAGAUGAUUCAAUUGACAAGGUUGAACAAGUCCAGAUUAAAAUUGAUAAUUUUCUGGAUGUUAUUAAAGAAAAAAUUAUAGAAACAUCAGUUGAUUGUGACAUUGACAAGGUUUAUGAUGAAAUGAAAGAGUUUAUGGCAAAGUUUUACGAUGUCCAGACACUUUUGAUAAAUUCAAGAAAUGAAAGUUGUAAAAAAGUUGUUGAACUGGAGGCAAAAUACAGUCAAUUGUAUAAAAAAUGGCAACAAGAACAAAUGAAAGCUCAAGAAUUACAAAAUACAAAUAGAGAAUUGUCACAAGAGCUACAAAGUCAAAAUAAAUUUUCAACCAAUAUGGGAUCAGUCACCAGUAAUUUAUUAUGUUUAUCAUCAAAAGUAUCACAAAUGGUUAAACUUUGGUUAACAGAGGAUCCAAAAAAAGUUGGUGAAUUAUUUGUUACAACAUCAACAAUAUUAGCAAGUUUUAUCACAUAUUUUAGUGAUGAAUAUCCAGAAGCAAAUUGUGAUGAUUUUCAUCUUGUUAAAUCAUUACUUGGAACAGUAUCAAAUAUAUCAUCAAUAACAUUGGGUCGUAGUUUUAUGACAACACAUCCUGAUGGACAAAAAUUAACAGCUCAAAUAAUUCAAGUUAUUCAUAAAGUUCCUGAAAUACCAUCUGGUAUUACAAUGAAAAAAUUAUUGAUAUCAAUUAUUUACAAUGUAAGUCUUGCACAACCAGGUCUACCAUUUUUAAUACAUCACAAAGUUUACAAUGUCAUUCCAAAUUGUCUGACUGAUUCAACUCUAGAUGUUGAUAAAAAAUUACAAUUAAAAGCUCUACAUCUUUUACAAUCUUUGACAUUUGAUUUAAAAGAUUUUUCGUUAUUAGAAUUAAUAUUAUCAUCAAUACCACGUGAGACUAUUGAAGGCUUAACAAAAUCAGAUAAUAGUCAUGUUGCUAAAGCUGCUGAUGAAAUAUUAGUUAAUAUAAAAAAAUGUCAUGAAUAUGCUGAUACAUGGGAGUAAUAGAAGCUGGGUAGCCAAGGCAUUUGUGAAAAGUAUAACAGUUUUCGAGGACGCCAGGAAGGAACAGAAGGCGACGGCCGGCGUCGGUUUAUUGAUCCCG